CCUCAAAAGGCUACUACACUUUGAAGUGCUGCCGCCGAAGCUUUUUGUCAAUGGCGACGAACCCGACGUUUCAGCUUUUUUCUUCUUCACAAGGCUCUGGUCUAGGUUUAGGGUUCCUUGAUUCGCCAGAGCCAGCUCUUCCUCCACCGCCUCCUCCUGUUGAAGUAUUAUCCUCCGAGGCGUCUUCCUCCGUUGAUCUAGCAGUGGAUAAAGUUACUAUCGGCGAUAUCACUCUUUUAAAGGGUCGUGUGAGCACUAAAGAUGUCUUUGGAUUGCCUAAUUCAGAUUUGGUUCCUGGAGUCUAUGAAGGCGGGCUUAAGCUUUGGGAAGGAUCAAUUGAUCUUGUCAAAGCUCUUGAAAAAGAAUCUCAAUCCGGCAACUUAUCACUUUCUGGCAAACGGGUUCUCGAGCUUGGAUGUGGUCAUUCACUUCCAGGAAUCUAUGCGUGUCUUAAGGGUUCAGAUGCCGUUCAUUUCCAAGACUUCAAUGCUGAGGUCCUUCGAUGUCUCACCAUCCCGAAUCUGAAUGCUAAUCUUUCCGACAAGUCUUCCUCUGUCUCAGUAGAUGAAACAGAAGUACGCUUCUUUGGCGGUGAUUGGAGUGAAGUUCAUCAGGUUCUUCCACUAGCUAAUAAUGAUGGUGAGGUUGAUAACAAGGGUGGUUACGACAUCAUUCUAAUGGCUGAGACAAUAUAUUCCAUCUCCGCUCAGAAAAGUCUAUACGGAUUGAUUAAAAGGUGCCUUGUGUAUCCUGAUGGAGCAGUGUACAUGGCUGCAAAGAAGUACUAUUUCGGGGUUGGAGGAGGGACAAGGCAGUUCUUGUCUAUGAUAGAGAAAGACGGUGUACUUGCUUCAACGUUGGUGUCUGAAGUCACAGAUGGUUCCUCCAAUGUCAGAGAGGUAUGGAAGCUUUCGUACAAAUAAGUCAAAGUUCUAUCAGGAUUCAGUGUCGCUUCAAUCCAACGAUCCGACUCUAGUAGAUUUGGGUUGCUCAGUAAAAUGAGUUGAGAAUUCAAAAUGUCAUCCAUGUUUAGCUUAUAUAUAGAUUCUGUUGAAUUUAUAAUAAUCGCUUAGUUUUGUACUUUAAUACAUUCUCUGACUUUUAACGUAAUCUGCCGUUGAUUCUCACCGGACUAAAGUACCAAACUAAGCUUACGUGGGGAUGACUCAAAUCUAUUGCGUUUGGCCAAAUCA